UAUUCUAUAACUUAAUUAAACAUACAAACAUAUAUAUAAUCAUUCUCGUAAAAAAUAAUAUUUGAAAUUAAUUAUUCUUCUGUAAGAAAUGGGAAACUCUUGCAUGGCAGCAUCGUCAAUGGAAUGGGAUGGAGAGGACUGGGAAGCUGUUCAUCUUGAUCAUCAUCGGAAUAAGGAGAAUGAUAUGUUAGGAAAGCUUAGAGCUUCUUGUGAUGCAAAUGGUAAAGUCACGUUGAAGAUUUCAAAGUCUGAGCUAGCUGAGUUAUUGGGAGCUAUACAACAGAAUAGUAAUAAUCAACAGCCGCAGAAGCAAAUGAAGAUGAAGAAGAAGAAGGAAUUAGGUUCUGCAGAACAAGUUCUGUUUCGGUUAAUAAAAGCUAGAGAUCAUGAAGUUGCAGAAAAGCAUCAUUGGGGUAGUCACUGGAAACCGGUGUUAGAAACCAUUCCUGAAUGUUAAGCACUAGUAAAUAGUACUAGGGUUAGUAUAGUGGUUAAACCACCUAUCGACUUGUACAUUUUAAUGUUAGAAACCACUUCAAUUAUACAAGUGAAGAUCUAUAGUUCUGAAAAUUAUUAUUAUAUGAGACCUAAUUUUUUUUUUGUCUAAAAAGAUAAAUAAAAGCAAUCCAUUAUUCUA